AUGGAACAACCUCCUGGAUUUAUGGAUCCAAUUCUCCCCACACAUGUUUGUCGCCUAAACAAGGCGCUAUAUGGUCUCAAAGAAGCCCCACGUGCUUGGUUUCAUCGCCUAAGUACCUUUCUUGUUUCCAAUGGGUUUGUAUGCAGUCGAGCUGACACCUCUUUAUUCGUCUUCAAACAAGAUACAUGGAUCAUGUACCUUCUUGUGUAUGUUGAUGACUUAAUCCUCACUGGCAACCAGGAUCAAGUCAUUCGAACCUUCAUUACCAAAUUACAUAACGAGUUCGCGAUUAAAGACCUUGGCGACAUUAACUAUUUUUUGGGACUUGAAGUUACACACACUACCGAUGGGUUGUUUCUUAGUCAAUUCAAAUAUGCCCAAGACAUACUUCAUCGAGCCGGGCUUCUUGAUGCAAAACCAGCUCCUACGCCCCUUGCAUCCAAUACGACCUUUUUCACCACUGGGGAUCCCUAUAAAGAUCCAACUGAUUAUCGGUCACUGGUUGGUGCUCUCCAAUACCUAACCAUUACUAGACCUGACAUCUCUUAUGCGGUAAACCAAGUCAGUCAGUUCCUUCAAGCUCCUACACUUGCUCAUUACCAAUGUGUCAGGCGGAUCCUUCGAUAUGUUAAGGGCACUGUUGCCUUUGGUCUUACUUUUAGUCGGCCUUCCUCCAACAGCCUUCUCGGCUACUCCGAUGCUGAUUGGGCUCGCUGUCUUGAGACUCGAAGAUCUACGUAUUGCUACUCCAUCUUCUUUGGGGGAAACCUUGUGUCAUGGAGUGCCAAGAAACAACCCACUGUCUCCCAUUCCAGCUGUGAAUCUGAAUAUCGGGCCAUGGCUAACACGGCUGCUGAAUUAAUUUGGAUUACACAUCUGCUUCGUGAACUUCAUGCUCUUCCUCCGGACUGCCCGACCCUUUUGUGUGAUAAUCGCAGUGCCAUUUUCCUCACCCGAAAUCCUGUAUCACACAAACGAUCUAAACAUAUUGAGCUUGACUAUCACAUCAUCCGCGAGCUCGUCUUAUCUGUCAAACUUCACACUAAGUUCGUCUCGACCAAGCUUCAAGUGGUCGACAUUUUUACAAAAAGCCUAUCGCGUCCGCAGUUUGAGUUCUUUCGGGGAUUGUUGCGCCUUGGUCCGCCACCGUCUCGCUUGAGGGGGGAUAUUAACCAAAGAUGA